UUUGGAAAAAUGUAUUGUUGAUGCUCAAAAACACACAUUCACACAGCCUAUACUGGCCUAUACGCACUAAAAAAAAUGGUUUCUUGCAUUUGUCUCAAUAAGAAAACAGAACAAAGCAAGUCUCACUACGAAGGUUUUUUAGGCCCAGUUCCUAUAGAAGGAGGUGGCGACGAACCUGGAAAACACAAGCUACCCAAAGUCUUCGUUUCCAGACUCAUUGAUCCAGAAGCUAUUCGGCAGCUCAAGUUGAAGUAUCAUGUUGAAUUGUGGGACACAGAAGAAGUGAUUCCCAGGCCAACGUUGAUCCGCUGCGUUGAAGGAUGUACCGUUAUCGUCAGCACUACAUCUGACAUCAUUGACAUGGAAGUGCUGGAAGCUGCAGGCCCUCAGCUGCGUCUCGUCUGCAACAUGGCCUCGGACUUGAGCAAUGUGGAUGUAGCUGCAUGUGAGCGUAGAUCUGUCUCUGUCCACUGUGCUGGCGAAGUCUGCGUGGAGGCUGUUGCUGAACUGACAUGCGCUCUUUUGCUGAUGGUACCGCGGAGGCUAAUGGAAGGUUGCGAAGCAGCACAUCGUGGACAGUGGGACCUGCCACUCUAUGGCUAUGCCAUGACCAAUCGUGUACUGGGCUUUUUAGGAUUCGGCCCUGUAGGAUGGGAAGUGGCCUCGCGCAUGCAACCGUUUGAUUUGUCCAGGAUUAUUUACUAUGACAAAGUGACACACCCCCUAGCCAAAGAUGUGAACGCAGAGCAAGUCAGUCUGGAAGAUGUCUUCUCCCUCUCUGAUUUAAUUGUGUGCACACUUGCAUUGAGUUCUGAGACAAAGGGAAUCGUUAACGCAGAGAAAUUCAACAUGUGCAAAUCAGAAUGUAUCUUUGUCAACACUUCGAGAGGCGCCCUUGUCAAUCACGAUGACCUUGUGGCGGCGUUGGAAAGUAAACAAAUUGCAGGAGCAGGGCUGGACGUUACCCAUCCCCAGCCGCUGCCUACCGAUCACCCACUCCUCAAGCUCCCAAACUGCAUCGUCACACCUCACAUGGGGUCCGCCACUUAUCAGACAAGGCUGAAGAUGGCGCUGAGCGUGGUCAAUGCUGCUCUGGAAACAAUGCACUCCACCCCUCACCCCAGUCAGUAAGAAAAUGUUUGCUUUAACUGGAGGCAGAGUAAUAAAACCUAGAAGAAAAAUGGCUAUGCAAACAGCAGAACCAGAUAAGUGUGAAUUAUUGACCUUGACCUUUCUUAACUUUGGGCUCUUCUCAAAUAGCAUGUGACCAUGACCUUUUCCCCACUUAAAAGAGAUUAA